CAGACCUAACGAGGAAACGUAACAAGUUCCAGUGGUUGUGGCAUUUUGUCGCGUUUCACACUUCUCUUUCAAGUUUCACAUCUUAAUAAAACGUUUUCCUUGUUUUUGACCUAUUUGUCAAUGCUCAACUAUGACAACUCCAGCAAGAAGUGCACCACCGCCGCCAAAGCCAGUGCCUAAACCAGGUCAGGUCAAAGUUUUCAGAGCACUCUAUAACUACCAGGCCCAACAUAGCGAUGAGCUGAGUUUUGAAGAAGGAGACCUUCUCUAUGUCACAGACAUGUCCAACAAAGACUGGUACAGGGCUCGAUGUGGCAAGAAGACGGGUUUGAUUCCAAGCAAUUAUAUUGAGCAGAGUGCAGCACAGAUAGACAACCCUCUCCAUGAAGCAUCAAAACGGGGAAAUGUGGACUUCCUGAAAGAGUCUCUCGCCAAUCUUGUGUCCGUGAAUGGUUUGGAUAAGUCAGGGUCCACUCCCCUUUACUGGGCUUGCCACGGAGGCCACAUAGAGUGCGUCAGUAUUCUCCUCGGCCAGCCCAGGGUGGAGAUCAAUACACAGAACAAGAUUGGAGACACGGCACUGCACGCUGCAGCCUGGAAGGGUCAUGCAGAGGUCGUCAAAAUGCUGCUGGGUAAAGGAGCACGGACGAACAUUAAGAACAAAGAAGAAAAGGUUCCUCUUGAUCUUGCCUCCAAAGACCCAGCAACGGCUGCCCUUCUUGCACCACAUACAACAAGAAUUGACGACGAGGAUUACUUGGAUGAUGAAGACAGUGAUUAGAAGCCACCACACCAUCCUGCAGCAACACAGGUUUCACGCACAAUACUGCAGUGCAUAGUCUAACCCUUUGGGGGCGGAGCCAGGGGGUGCUGAAAGAUGGGCGUGUUCCAAGACUGGAAAUCAGCCUUAUUGAAGAUGGACCCUGAAGCUUCAAAUCCUAACACCAACCUGAAUGGCUUUUAGUCAAUCCCCCCCAUGGUAAAAAGUACCACCCCUCCCCACAACCUUGUUUGACUGCAGUGUACCACUGUAUAACAGUCUGCUUUAUUUUGUUUUGGCCUUUAUCAAGUUAAUAUGCACUCCUGAUAGUUGCAGUUGUAUUUUGAAAUGUGUAUACAGACAAGACAAGAAUGGGUGGGUGUGUGUAUUCCCCUCGUGUCUUAUUCCUCCAUGUUUCCACCAAGUCUUCAAAUCUUAUGUUAGUCAUUUCUCAAGGCACUGUGAAAUUUAGCACAUGUGCAUUCCAAUCUGGAGGAUCGAUUCUGAAGAGCAAUUUUCAAAGUGGUUAAAUGUUUUUUUACAUCAUGUGCUUAGGCAUGUUCUUUUGUUGUCCUUGUGAAACCUCUCUGGAAUAGUGGAACGGCAGAACCCACUUAUCAUCCAUCCAUUAGUUGUAUUUUGGUGGUUUGCUCAUAUGAAACUUCUCUUAAAAACUGUAACAUCCCCUGCUGUAUCAUUUAUGUUUGCAUUAUGGACGUGCUGUCAACUUCAGGAUUUCCAUUGUGGAUUUUUUGGUUAGUUUUUCUCCAAGGGAGGUUGUGAGACAGUUUCAGGGAUCAUGUACCUUCUGAAAGGAAUAGUUAAUUUCUACAGAUGUUUUCACAUUUGAUGGAACUUUAAAAUGUCACAGAUAACCAACAGGGCAAUUGAACAACCAACUGGCAGCCGUAUAAGCCUUUUGCGAGUUAAAUUUGAAUAAAAUCUGGUAGCCUGAAUUAUCUGAUUGCACAUAAAUAUAAUUUGAAUUCCCCAGACUAAUGACAGUGUCACAGUACCUCUUGAUAUUUUGGGGCAAGCUUUUGCAUAGCUGCCACCACCUCUUUCCAUUCAUUCAUUCAUUAUGAUUUAUUAAAUCAGGAAUGGCAGCCGUUAGGCUUAAUUGAACAUGUUUUUACAAUUUAAAAACCAUUAAAAUAUUACAAAAUAAUAACAAAAAAUUAAACCUUAAAUUCGUAAAACACAAAUACUGAUAUUAAGAAAAAAAAUUUAAAAAAAUUUUUAUCAUAGAAGGUAUUGCUCUAUUUUGAAAUCGUUUAGUUUUACAACUGUAUUGUACAUAUUACUCAGUAUUCCUCAGAUCAUAAGAUAUUGGUUGUUUCGUACAAAGCCACUUAGUCCCACUUAGCCACUUAGUCUGGAAUGGACUGCUUCCUCCGUGCCCUUCUUAUCCAUUGAAAACAGUGUAUUGAGUAUUGAUGCAAGGUGUCCCUUACGUAACUAAGCAAAAGCUUGCCCCAAAUCAAGAGGUGUAGCAAUAGUGUCUUAAGUAUGGAGAAUUCAAAUUGCUAUGUUUAUGUGAACUUAAAGAACUCAGUAUACCGUAUUUUAUUCAAAUUUAACUCGCAAAAGGCUCAUUGGAAAUUGAAGAAGUGCCUUUGAUUCAGUGUUAACAGCUAGAUUUUAUCACAAGAGGGCAGAUAUCACUGCACAACCUUUUGUCCCCAGGUUGAUUUAGCUGGUAAAAAAAACAAACAAACAAAUAUGCAGCUGUGAGGUUGAUGUUGUGGAAAACUCUGAGAAAUGUGAUGCUUUGUAAAUCUUUGACAUCUUGUUAAGUACAAAAAGGGUAAAUCUAAGCCUUAGUAUACAUUUAUAUUUUAUUGCUGAUCUUUCCUGUUCUUCCAGACGACCUUGCUGUUCUUCCCAUUUUUCCCCAGAUCAGACAACAAUGGAAACAUAAUCCCAAAUAAUAUUUUCAACAGAAGUUUAUCAGUGAAGAGCUAAGUCUAUAAAUAAUCUGCAAGUCUUCUCUCGAUUGUAUUUUUUUACAUUCAAAAAAUCCUGUGGACUGUAAAUGAUUUGCCUUGGUAUUUACUUGGGAAUGUAAAAUAUUCAAUUUUAAAAUUGGCAAACUUGGAAACCGUGAAUAUUUCUGAUGAGUGAGAUGAUGUAAGCUGUUUUGUAUGUUACUAUUUUAUGGCUGGCUGUUGUAUUUGAAAGGCGAGAACUUCAAAUGCAAGUUUGUGCUACGUGCUGUGUCCCUGAGCAGGACAGUUAACAUUCACCUGGCUUACCGCAUCUCCAAUGUAAACAGCUACCGGUGUCAUGUGGAUUUAUGACUUCAUGAAAAUCCAAGGUUUUUUCCCACUUGGUGAGGACUCCCAAGCUGUUCCUUUUUCUUCUCAUUAAUUGUGCAUCGGACAUGCUCAGAACAGUUAAGGCGUCCACCUUUCACGGAGUCAAAAUACCACAGCACACCGGCGUUAGCUUUGGGAGUCAUGAGGUAAGGACUGGCAUUCUGACCAGGAACAGAGAUUGUUUAUUCCCGUCAACGAAACUUGGAAUAAACAUCUUUUCAGCUUCGUUUGCAGGGAAGUUGUGAAAUAGCUUAGAUUUAUGUGGUGUUGACAACCAGUUCCAAAAAUACCUCAUCAUGCAUCUUACAGGAUUCGUUGAUUUCUGAAGCAGGGUAACCCGGGUUAAAGGAGGUCUUUCUGCAAGAUUUGCAAAUCACCUAAUAGUGACAAAUUUAUCAUUUCAGCGAUGACCUUUGUCAAGCUGGCACUCAAUUUAAAGUUUCAUUAAUGUAUUUCUUUCUCAAAACAUUAAUCUUUGCUUUUUCAAUUACAGAAUUUUCAAUUUGCAUGUUUCAAGAGGUUUCUCCACCUAUUGUGGUUUUGAAAGGAACAGAAGUUUAAAAAAGAUGAUGUAAGCUUGUAGAUGUAACCAUAGUUCUGUCUUUUCUCAGAAUGUACAUAAAGAGAAUUGUUCUAUUCUUAUAUACAGAGAGGAAACGCUAUGCGACAUUAUAAAAGCGCAACGUAGAAAUCAAUGUAGCAUGUGUAAGUCUUGAGAAGUUACAUUAAAGAAGACUUGAAUAGA